AUGGCCCCGACGAAGGGCACCGUCGUCUCCGCUGCCACAGCGCCGAUCCCAGCACACUUGGUUGGCAACGCGUUCGUGCAGCAAUACUACCACUUCCUACACGCGUCGCCGAACAUGGUCUACAGGUUUUACCGGGACAACAGCCGCCUUGCCCGCCCUUCCGCCGUUGGCGGCGGCGGAAUGGACUCCGUCACCACAAUUGAGGCGAUCAACAAGAAGAUCAUGGAGAUGGACAUGUCGACCGUGAAGAUGGAGGUCGACACACUGCACGGUGGACUCCCACUCGACGCCCGGCGGCGGCAUCAUCGUCCUCGUCAAGGGCCGCGCCAUCGUCACCUCCCCCGGCGGCCAGUCCCGCGCCUUCUCCCAGUCCUUCCUCCUCGCCCCACAGACGAUGGAGAUUACAUUGAGCAGGGGUGGCCAUGGCCCAGCUUGGUCUUAACCAAGCUCUGCCCCUACUUGCUAAUAUGGUAUGAGAUGAGAUGGAUGUGA